AUUAAUUCAAAAUUAAGUUUGUUUUGUGUUCAAUGAAGUAAUAAUUGAAUAUUUGCUCAAAUAAUCAGUGAAAGCGAUGUCACGAGUGGUGUAUAUAUUGUCUCAAAUCCCACAGUUGUAUGAAUUGACGGCCAAAGCAUUGGCCAACUGUCGGGUCAUUAACAUCCGUUUGACACAAUACCCUGGUGAAUUUUCACUGGGUCUACAAAUCGGUGCCCAAGAGAUCGCAGACCUCCAGGAGGCGGAGAUACUGUUUGGAGACCCGAACCUCUUGGCGCAGACCUUCCACCGGUUGCCACGGAUUCAGUGGAUUCAGUCGACGUGGGCGGGCAUUGACUGGUAUGUGGAGGCGUUGACCAAAAGCGGUCAAAAGCCUCCCUCCUGU